UUCUCUCUAAACAAAACAACACCUGCAUUUGCAUUUGACCCUUCUUCUUCUUCUUUGUUCUUCAUCAAUGGAGUCUGCAGGAGAGCUUUCUUACAUGGAGAAUGGGGAGUCUAACAAAAGCUUGAUGGGCAAAGAAACAUGUAAUAAUAAUGGUGGAGUUAUCAGGACAGCACAAAACAGGUCAAGUUCGUUCAUGCGUAAGAAAUCUGACCCCAUGUUGGUUUCGACGGUUCGGUUUCAGAUGCUUAGACAGUUCUUAUCCAACUUGCAAGAAGUGAUUUUAGGGACAAAACUUGCUGUUCUUUUCCCUGCCAUCCCUUUAGCCAUUGCUGCUGAUUGUUACAAGUUUGGAAGACCAUGGAUAUUUGCUUUGAGCUUGCUUGGACUUACCCCCCUUGCCGAGCGUGUCAGCUUUCUCACUGAACAAAUUGCAUAUUAUACAGGUCCAACAGUUGGAGGGCUGCUGAAUGCAACAUGUGGAAAUGCAACAGAGCUGAUCAUAGCAUUAUUUGCACUUUACCAGAACAAAAUCCUUGUCCUCAAGUACUCUCUCAUGGGUUCUGUUCUCUCCAAUCUCCUCCUUGUUCUCGGCACCUCUCUCCUUUGCGGUGGCUUAGCUAACCUCAAGAAAGAGCAAAGAUAUGAUCGAAAACAAGCUGAUGUGAACUCUGGUCUGCUGUUGCUGGGACUGCUGUGCCAUAUGUUGCCGUUGAUGUUCAGAUACGCAGCACAGCCUAGUGGGAUUUCGAUUGCCAAAUCUACACUGGAGUUGUCGAGAGCGAGUAGUGUGGUUAUGCUCGUGGCUUAUAUCGGAUAUAUCAUCUUCCAGCUUAAAACUCAUAGACAGAUUUUCGAUGCUCAAGGGGAUGGUGAGGAUGAAGAUGAAGAAAAAGCAGUGAUUGGAUUUUGGAGUGGAUUCAGCUGGCUGGUUGGUAUGACACUCGUUAUAGCUUUGCUAUCUGAGUAUGUGGUGGGCACAGUUGAGGCUGCAUCGGAAACUUGGGGAAUUUCCAUUAGCUUUAUCAGCAUAAUUCUGAUACCUAUUGUGGGGAAUGCUGCUGAACAUGCUGGAGCUAUCAUUUUUGCUUUCAAGAAUAAAUUGGACAUAUCACUUGGUGUUGCUCUGGGUUCUGCAACUCAAAUUUCUAUGUUCGCUGUUCCCUUGUGUGUUGUAGUAGGGUGGAUUAUGAGAAUCCCAAUGGAUCUUGACUUCAGUCUUCUUGAAACUGGAUGUCUUGCUCUAACAAUACUUGUUGUUGCCUUUACCCUACAGGAUGGAACUUCACAUUACAUGAAAGGAGUAGUUCUUUGCCUUUGUUACAUUGCAAUUUCUGCAUGCUUUUUUGUUCAUAAAAUUCCAGCUCCAUUGGAUCAAACUAUUGUCAACUUGGAACUCAACUCAGCCUAGCCUAGCCUCGUCGGCACCGCCUUUUUCCGCCACCAUCUUGAGGAUGCCGACGUUCCAACCAUUCGUUUCCUUAGACCUUUGAGAAUAUAUAUUUACAUUUGGGAGAUCUGAGCACUGAGAAGAUAAAGGGUGUUGCAGACAUGAAGAGUUGAGACCAUUUCUGAAGCUAAUAUAUAUAUAUAUAUAUAUAUAUGAGAGGAAAAAAAGAACCACUUUCUCAUUUGAAAAUGUUCGUAAUUGCAAGCUUUGCUUCUGGGGAUUCCUUAAUAAGGUCUUGGUUAUUUGUUGUUCUGUCUUCAUUUACUGCAUCUAUUCCAUUAAUAAUUUAACUAUAUGUUGCUGAAGCAGAGAUAAAGACCAUCUGCUUAUUGGGGAUGUAUUAAAUCAUAAAAUAUCAGCCAAUAAGAAAUUU